AUGAGCUUCAUUCAACGCAUUACGAAACGGUUGCCUAGUGCACCGAGUCUCCCGUUGGAGGAUGCUCCCCACGAGAAAGGCCGCCUUCAUCCUAGAUUCGCCUUUUUCCGACGGAGGAUCCGCCUAAAGGGCAACUCAUCUAUUUCUAUACCCCUGGGUCUUGUUUUACUAUUUCCAUGUCUUGUAAUUGUCCUUAUUCUGCUCCUUUUCGUCCGACAUCCUUCCUCUUCCGGAGGGAUCCUAAUUCCGGCGGGCACUCCGCCUUCUAUUCGCAAAAUCAGCGAAAAGUAUGACAAAGUUUUCGCUACUGGUUGUAUGCCCAUCGAGCAGGAACAGAUCGACAAGGCUCCCCGCGCCAAUGCCGCUUUCGUUGUCCUUGCUAGAAAUAAGGAACUAGAGGGUGUGGUUCAGUCGCUCAAGUCGAUUGAAAGACACUUCAACCGGUGGUGGCACUACCCCUAUGUCUUCCUCAACGACGGUGAUUUCGAUGAGCAGUUCAUCGCAACGGUGAAGAAUUACACCAGCGCACCCGUUGAAUUUGGCAAGAUUGAUAACACGAUGUGGGGCUUCCCCGAUUGGGUUGACCACGAAGUCGCCAAGGAGGGCAUCAGGAAGCAGGGUGAUGCCGCCAUCAUGUACGGUGGAAUGGAGAGUUACCACCACAUGUGCCGUUUCUACUCUGGGCACUUUUACAAGCACCCUCUGCUGAUGAAAUACGAAUGGUACUGGCGUUUGGAGCCCGAGAUCAAGUACUUCUGCGAUAUUACCUAUGAUCCAUUUAUCAAGAUGGCCGAGGCAAACAAGACUUACGGUUUCACCAUUGCAGUGAAGGAACUUCGCGAGACGGUCCCGAACAUCUUCCGUUAUGCGGCUGCUUACAAGCGCAAGAACAACCUCAAAUCCAAGGGUCUUUGGGAGAUGUUCCUAGAGCAGCCCCCGAAACCUGAGACGCCUCCGGAGGAGAAGAAGCAAGAUAAACUGCCUGAUGAAAUUCUGCAAACCGAUCCCGGUGACAACCAUCUGAAAGAUGUUGACCCGGAGGCCAUGGAAGGCGAGAGCUACAACAUGUGUCAUUUCUGGAGUAACUUCGAAAUUGCGCGUCUGGAUUGGUUCCGCAGCAAGGAAUACGAAGACUUCUUCACUAUGAUGGACAGGAGUGGUGGAUUCUGGAAUGAGCGGUGGGGCGAUGCUCCUAUCCACUCUCUUGCCGCUGGUGCUCUCCUCGGACCUGGUGAUAUCCACUACUUCCGUGACUUUGGCUAUCGCCACACUACCAUCCAGCAUUGUCCCGCCAACGCCCCAGCUCGCCAACUCACUCGUAUCCCUUACCUCGAAAAGACUACCGAGGACGAGAAGAAGCGAAUUGAGGAGGAUGACUAUUGGGCGAACCCUGACCCAGUCAAGGAGAACGGUGUCGGUUGCCGAUGCCGCUGCGACACUGACAUUGUCGAUGUCGAGGGCAAGCAAGGCAGUUGUCUCAAUGAAUGGGUUGAUGUGGCUGGCGGCUGGGCUUCGCCAUAG